AUGGGUCUUGGAAAUGUGUUUGCCCGCUCGACGCUGGGCAAAUAUGCCAAGUCGAUCAGAUCCUCGCCUCGCGAGCUGAUCUGCAACCACCGACUCUUAUUGACGGCAGCGCUCUAUGCCAUGGCAGGCAUCCCAAUCACAUGGGAUCAAGGUUCAUCCUCUGUCGUACCGUCGCUGCCAGGUUUCGCAAAGGCAUUUGGCAUCACCUCAGCCACCAAUCCGACCCAAGUCGCGAACUUCGUAUCCCUCGUCUACGUCGGCUGUUGCGUUGGCUCCAUGCUCUCGUUCUUCAUCAAUGACCGCAUCGGCCGUCUCUGGUCAUUCCGACUCUACAUGACUGUUUGGAUCAUCGGGCAGAUGAUGGCCACCGGCUCGGGAGGUAACAUUGGCGUCCUCUACGCCGCCCGUAUUGUUUCCGGCCUUGGUAUCGGACCCCUAACCGUGACGGGUCCCAUGUCCAUCGUGGAGAUCGCGCCGACUGAGAUUCGUGGGCUAUUGGCCGUGUGGUUCAGUAUCGCCAUGCUGUUGUCCCUCACGGUGGCCGUGUUUGCAGUCUACGCCUCCUUCCUGCACAUCGCCGCAGGCGCUCUGCAGUAUCAAGUCAUCUUUUUCGCGCCCACCAUCGCCAUGGCUCUGGUCAUUCUCUGCAGCUUCUUCCUCUAUGAGAGCCCUCGUUGGUUGAUGCUGGUUGGACGUCGCGACGAAGCCGUCAAGACCCUGGUCGCGCUGCGUGGCCUGCCUAGCGACCACCCACGCGUUGCCGGCGAGAUUGAAGAUAUUUCCGGCCAGAUUGCAAAGGAGAGGGGCGAGUUCGAGCCGGGGAGCGGCUCCGGUAUAAAACUCCUGCCCAUUCUGAAAGAGACCUUCUGCGUCAAGGCCAAUCUGCGCCGCGUCUUCCAGGCCUGCUUAUCCUACGCACUUGCUCAGUUAUCCGGAGCGAACAGUGUCACUUCAUACCUCGUUCCUAUCCUCAAUCUUAUCGGAGUUGAGGGUGGUACAAAGAAUAGUCUGUUCUACUCGGGCAUGUACAGCAUGGCCAAAUUCUGGUUCACUGUCAUUGCUAGUUUCUUCUUUAUCGACGCUCUCGGACGGCGCAGAAGCUUGUUUAUCGGCAUAACCAUUCAGAUGAUCUCGGAUAUCUAUGUCGGAGUCUUCAUCAAAUUUCGCCAAGAAGGUCCUGUGUCCCAAAGCUCGAGCCAGGCCGCCCUUGCCGCUAUCUUCCUUCAUGGCUUCGGAUAUGCGGUCGGGCUCUUGGUCCUGCCAUACGUUUUCGGUGCCGAGCUAUGGCCUAACAAUAUCCGGUCAUUUGGCGCUGCCUUUUCCCAAGCAUUCCACUGGAUCUUCUUCUUUGGCGUCAACAAGGGCGUCCCAUCUCUUCUGAUUCAGACCCACAACUGGGGCGCGUUUUUGUUCUUUGCUGGAUGGUGUUUUAUUUCUUUGUUCUAUGUUUUCUUCUGCGUUCCCGAGACAGCAGGACUAAGUAUGGAGAAGAUUGACAAGCUUUUCGAAGGGCGAUGGUGGGAUGCACAUCGACAAGCCCAGAAGCUCAAGGAUGAGGAGCUUGUUCUUGACUCUGCGACCUUGUAA